UCUUUAUUAUGAUUAUUAUUAUUAUUUUUAUUUGGUAGAAUUGCAUCUUUCUUAUUUAAAGAGCUGAUUUCUUCCGUCAUAAGAAUCUUUCAAAAGUAGAGGGAUGGCAUCCAUGCCAGUGUUCUUGCUCCAGCUACAGCUACAGCUGCUGGUUUGGCUAGGAACAGCAGCGGUGGCAUCAGCGAUUACUUGGUCACCAAGCUGCCCAGCGCAGUGCGGCAAUAUCUCCAUCCCAUAUCCCUUCGGCAUUGGCCCGAACUGCUUCAUGGAAGGUUUCGAGGUCACAUGUAACAAGUCGAAGCCUCUCUUAGGUGGCAACGUCGAGCUAAUCGAUGUCGACCUGGUACUAGGCCUCGCGCAUGUCUACAGCCCCAUCAGCUCGACGUGCUACGACACCAACGGCAACUUCACCGGCAAUGAUUCGGGAAUGAACUUUGCUGGCACACCUUUCAAGUUCUCCGACACGCGCAACAAGUUCACCAUUCUUGGCUGCAGCAUCGUCGUCUACCUACAAAGCUCCGACAACGGAUCACAGAUCUACGAAAGUGCAUGCUCGCCGACAUGCAACGAUACAAACCGCAUCACCGACGGCUCGUGCAACGGCGUGGGCUGCUGCCAGAUUUCCAUUCCCAAGGGGCUUGUCCGCUAUAAUUUUUCCUUUAAUCCCACGCUCAAUAUCUCCAGCGUCGACCCGCAGUAUCCUUGCAACUAUUAUUUCUUGGCAGAUAAGAAUCGGUACCAGUUCAUGGUCUCUGAUAUCAUAAAGCAUCAGAUACUUGAGAGACGUCAGAAAGGCAUGCCCGUGGUGCUGGACUGGCUAGUAGGAGGCACGAGCUGUAAGAAAGCCAAGCUUAACACCACUUCUUACCUUUGUCUUAGCGAGCACAGCGAGUGUAUUGACUCUACCAACGGUCUUGGAUAUUAUUGCAGCUGUUCAGUGGGCUAUGAAGGCAAUCCCUUUGUCCCCAGUGGAUGCCAAGACAUAAACGAGUGUGGGCUUCCGGAGCAGUAUCCAUGCUAUGGAACCUGUGUUAAUUCCCCGGGGAACUACACUUGCAACUGUCCACGUGGCACCCAUGGAAAAGCGCUGAUAGAAGCAGGGUGCAUCAGAGAUAAGUCCCAUUUAGGCACAAUAAUUAUGAUGGCUGGAGGAGUUGGAGUAGGCAUUCUUCUUCUUCUUGCAUCUUGUGUUCUGUUGGAGAAAAUUGAAGGAAAGACAUGUAAAAAAAGAAAAAAAAAGUUCUUUCGUCAGAAUCGGGGUUUGCUAUUACAACAGCUCGUCUCUUCUGAUGAAACUCUUAUUGAGAGGAUAAAAAUCUUUACACUAGAAGAGCUGGAGAAGGCGGCCAAUAAUUUUGAUAGCACUCGUGUGGUUGGUAAAGGAGGCCAUGGCACUGUUUAUAAAGGAAUUUUAUCAGACCAACGGGUUGUUGCUAUCAAAAAGUCAAAGAUAGCAAAUCAAUUUGAGUUAGAUCAAUUUAUAAAUGAGAUGGUCAUUCUUUCUCAAAUCAAUCACAGGAAUGUGGUUAAGCUCUUUGGAUGUUGCCUAGAAUCCAAAAUCCCCUUGUUAGUAUAUGAAUUUAUCUUCGGUGGAACUCUUUUCAACCAUCUCCAUGAUAGCCAACAAUUUGCUCCUCUAUCUUUGGAAGAUCGUCUAAGGAUUGCCGCUGAAACUGCAAGUGCACUGUCCUAUCUACACUCCGAGGCUUCAAUAUCAAUUUUCCAUAGAGAUGUCAAGUCAUCUAACAUUCUACUCAAUGAAAGUUAUACUGCAAAGGUAUCAGAUUUUGGUGCAUCAAGAUCUAUUCCUCCUAAUCGAACAUGUGUAACCACAGCUGUUCAAGGAACAUAUGGUUAUUUGGAUCCUGAGUACCAUCAAACAGGCCAACUAACAGAAAAAAGUGAUGUUUAUAGCUUUGGAGUCAUUCUUCUGGAGUUGCUAACUGGGAAACAUCCAAGUUCGUACGGUAGACAUACAGAGAGAACUCUAACUUUGGAUUUCAUUUGUUGCUUUAGGGAGAAUCGUCUCUAUGACAUUUUAGACCCCCAUAUUGUGGGAGUGGGAGGAGAAGAAGAGAUUGAAAUAGUGGCUGCUCUUACUGAAUUGUGCCUGAGAGUGAAAGGGGAAGAAAGGCCCACAAUGAGGGAGGUGGAACAAAAACUUGACACCAUGCGAAGGUUAGGAAAAUCAAAGUGCGAUUUCGAUGUUUUACAAAAUGAUGGAAUGGAAGCAGACUUGCCAAGCAUGAUACCAGUUGAAGACAGUGCUGAUGGUAUGACCAGACAGUACAGUCUAGAGAAAGAGCUCAUGUUGUCACUAGCAGAGCAACCAAGAUGAUUUCACAGCGGUAGGGAGCAAUAUAAAUGAAUGAUUUGUCAGAUAUUAAAACGAAUUUAGUAGUAGUUAUAGCAUGAUUAUCAGUUUAUGAAGCAAUACAUCGGAGAUGGAGUGGUGAGGGAGUUCCUUGAUUGAAAAUCUAAUAGGCCAACUUCAUUGGGUAUUGUCAUCUCUUCAUUCCAAAAGGAUGAUGCAAGAAAAUUAUUCCACCUAUUUGAUUUCCAUCUGACUUGAUAAAGUACAUCUUGUAAAUUUUGCAUUCUUGCUUGGAAAUUGAAAAACAACGGAACCAUGUUCUGUAAAUUUCUUGCUCUGGUACGGUAGGGUUGCAAGUCUUAUGAAAAUCAUCAUUGUAAAUCAUCACUAGCUUGUAUCUUUGUACCUUUGUUAGUUGCAGUUUCAAUCAUUUAACUGAUUGAAAGUA